CAAGCAUUGGGAUCUAUUAGGCAGCACGUGUACAGUUCUCAAAGUUGAUAUGUUGGAAGCAGGAAAAAUGGGCAAGCGUUAGGAUCUGAGUGGCUUUGGAAGAAGGCAAGCCGGCGGAGGAAGUGUGAUGCACUGGGUGAUGUUCUGCAGGGAAAUCUUGGGUCCUGGCAUCCAUGUGGAUGUUAUUUUGACACGUACCACGUACCUAAACAUUGUUGCAGACCAAGUAUAGUCCUUCAUGGCAACAGUAUUCCCUAAUGGAAGUGGCCUCUUUCAGCAAGAUAAUGCAUCCUGCUAUACUGCCAAAAUUCUUAAGGAAUGGUUUGAGGAACAUGACAAGGAGUUCACAGUGUUGAUUUGGCUCAAAAUUCCCCAGAUGUCAAUCCGAUGGUGCAUCUGUGCAGACGGGUCAGAGCUGUUUUUGGUGGAACAAGGGGGACCUACACAAUAUUAGGCAGGUGGUUUUGAAGUUGUGGCUGAUUGGUGUAUGUUUGUAUGCAUAUGUAUGUGUCUCUGUGUGUACAUUUGACAUGUUCUACAUGUUUCAUAUUUGGCGAUGUCGGUUUGUUACAUUAUGGAGUUUUAGGGUGUUUUUAGAGAAACUGACAAAGCUGCCAUAAGCACAGAGGCAAUUCCUUCCUAUUUGGCAGUAGGGGCAAGUGUAUUUUUCCUGCACUGCAUAAAGUUUUAUAUUCAAAAUCUAAGAUGGCCGCCUUGACAACAUGCAUUUCAAACAAACAAACAGCGGAGUACUGUGUUCGGAUUCACACGAAAGCAUGGAUUUGGCGAAUACAGCAGAUUUCCUACGAAAAGCUGAACACCUGAGAAAGUUGGUUGAUCAACAUGAAAAAGAAAGAGCACUGAAUAAGCCCAGGAGGAGGAAUGGCCUCAGGGAUUGUUUCUGUGAAUUAGCAGAGUUUGAGAACAAGCUGAAUAUGGAAUUUAAGGCUGAAAUACUGAGAGUGCAGCAACAACUACAAAAGAUCCGAAAUGGUGUGUACAGAUUCCAGGGGCAGUUGAUGGAUGUGAAGCCAUCUCCCAAUUUGAUAGAAAAACUGAAAGACAUCAUGAGUGAGAUUGAGAAUGCCAUCAACACCUUCAAAGAACAACAACAUAAAAGUUUUGAGGAGCUCUUGCAGGAGGAAAGAACUUGUUGGCAAGAGAUAUGUGCCUUUGAAAGGAAGAUUGACUCUUGGAUGUUGGCUGUGAAGAAGGACAUUGAGUUUCCCAUAGUUCAGAAAAGCAAGCAUGGCAUGACCACAAAAAUGAGAAAGGAGUGUCCUAUAGAGGUCAUGGCUCUGGAAACAUUCCUGCAGCAGACAGGAGGAAAACUGGGUGGCUGGGACCAAUAUGACCAUCAGAGCUUCCUAAAAGUGUGGACCAAGCACCGUGGGAAACCCUCGUACAGGUCCGAGGUCAAACUGUACUUACCGGGCAAGACUGAAGAGGAUAUAAGAUUGCACGAGGACUGGUAUCUAGAAAUGUGCCAUCUCCAGGAAAAGAAGAAAGAGGCUAUUCGGAAAUGGAGGUCAGAAAGGCAGAGAGAACGGGAAGCUCGCAUGCAGCAUGAACACCAGGUUGAAGAGGCAGAGAGGAAGGAGCAAGAAGUCGCUCUAGCGGAAGCCCAGCGUCUCAAACAGGAAGAGGAGCGCAGGGAGGCGGCACUCCGUCUGGAGGCCUGGAGGAAGCAGCGGAGGCAGCAGCAGGAGCAGGAGGAGGAGCAGAGACUCCGGGAAGAGGUGCUGCGGAGCAAAAGACUGAAGGAGGAGAGGCGGAGGCAGCAGGAGGUCAAACUCGCUGUGGAGGCCCACAUCAGGGAGAGGAAUGAAGAGGAGCAGCUGAGAAUGCUGGAGAAGGAAGCACAGGAGCGAGUGGAGGUGGAGGAGCGGAGGAGACAGGCUGCUGAAGGCAUCAAACGUUUUCAAGAGAGGGAUCUACACAAGUUAGAGACAAAACUGCAGGAAAAGCAGGCUAAAGAGGAGGAGGAGUUGGGACGGCUGAAGAAACAGGCUAAACUAAAAGAGAAGGUUGAAAGUCACAUUAGCCGAGAUCCUUCAAGACUCUGGAAACCAACCAGAGGAUGGGAAGCACGCAGCAAAGAGAUUGGGCCAACAGGAGGUGGACCUGUCUAUCACAUGUUUCAUAGAUCGGGGCAGAGUCAUCGGGGAAGAGAGAACUCAGGAUAUCCAUCAGGAUAGUAAUAUUUCAACAUAACCGUGUACCGAGUUGCAGUGGCCCUUCCCUGGCAAUACCGACAUGGAGACAAGGCCUUUAAACCUGGGCUCAGUCUUCACAGAGCAUCCAGACAUGCACAAGAAUGUCAUGAACUAUUGCUGUUUGUGUAAAUCAAUUCUGGUUCUGAUAAAAGGAAAAAAAAUCCAUGUUAUUUGUUUUAAACACCAUUUACCUGAGAGAUUUUUGAAUGUAGUUAAUUAUAUAAAUUGGUCACUACUUUUUCUUACAACACAAACACACAGGUUUAUUAGCUUUUAAUGUGUAGCGUGUUUAAUUGAGAGAAAAAAACAACGACGUAAAGCUUAACUCUUUACCUUCUGCAGCAAUUCUUUUAUGACCAGAUUUUCAAUUUCUAAUUUUUGACAUCCCCAGUAUCAGCUAAUUCCCAAUCAGACCUCUGAAUUGAAAAGAAACCAAAGAUUUAAGAAUGCACUUAUUCUUAAAGAGUGGUGAAAAAAUGUUCUUGCUUGAUAUUUGGUGUAAUAAUUAUGUUCUUAAUGUGUCAUUUACUAGGACUUUAAUAUACAAAAUUGGAUUUUAGGUAGACAGUCACUUUAAACACAGAAUCAGUAUACAAAAAAAACCCCAUAAAUAUAUAUUUUAUUCAGGGUUUUCUUUCAGCUGUUAUACUUCUCCCUAGUACAUCAGUGAAAGAAGUCCUUAUUGUGGUUCCCUAUGUGUCAUGAUAACCCUAUUUAUGUUGUCUCAUUACUAGAAAAGAAGUAUUUAAUAGUUUAAUGAACUAUAAAUUCCUUGCCUGUGUAAUGUGAAAGUAGAUCUUUUCAUUUCAGUAAAGCAUGAU